AGGUAUAAGCGGGCAAGGCAUUGGUUUCCAAGACUCGGAGAACCAAGUAUGGUACAUGCUGUUCAUAGUAUUCGUGCCAUACGCCAUGCUGCCUCUCUCCCUAAUCUGGUGUAUAGUCAUUGGGAUGCUGUCAUUCCUAUCACAUAUCCUCGCGACGGCGCUGGUCAUCAAGGAACGUAUGGACGAUACUAGGAAAGCAGUCAAUUGCAGCAUUAAUUCUUACACGUGCAGUCUUCGUCUAAUUAUCGGCAAUGCAUUGUUAUACAUAGCUGUAAACUUUGCUGGAAUGUAUGCCAAGUCACUGGCGGAUUGGGGACAGAGGAAAGCGUUUCUGGAGACCAGGAGAUCCAUGGUCACGAGGGAGAGGACUAAAAGGGAGAGUGAUAGGCAGUGGAAGCUGUUUCAAAGCGUUAUACCAGACUUCCUGGCGAAGGAGAUCUACGGUCACGUGAACAAAGUGAAAGGAGAGUUCCAAGAGCAGCAGUUCAAUAACCUUUACAUACAGCAGCAUCAUGACGUCUCCAUACUGUACGCUGACAUCAAAGGAUUUACUGAACUAUCAAGUAAAUGCAGUGCGCAAGAGUUGGUGAAACUACUAAAUGAGCUGUUCGCCCGCUUCGACAGGUUGGCAUCGGAGAACCACUGCCUCCGUAUCAAGUUACUUGGUGACUGCUACUUCUGUGUGAGUGGAUUACCAGACCGUCGCGAGGACCACGCCCACUGCUGCGUCAACAUGGGGCUGCACAUGAUACGAGCCAUCCGCGACGUACGGUAUAAUGCACAGGUGGAUUUGGACAUGCGCAUCGGGAUCCACAGCGGCAAAGUCUUGUGUGGGGUGCUGGGCCUUCUCAAGUGGCAGUUUGACCUGUGGUCGCACGACGUCACUCUCGCUAAUCACAUGGAGAGUGGCGGUCUACCUGGUCGUGUGCACAUAUCGUCGUCGACGCUGGAGUGUUUGAACGGUGCGUUCGAAGUGGAGCCAGGGGACGGCGGGAGUCGGGACCCGUACCUGAGGGAACACAAUCCUGUCACCUACCUCAUCAAGAGUACAGAACAGCCUCGGCGCAUGCGACAUCGGUCUAGGACUAGUGUACCGCAACAGCCGCAAACGAACUGGGAGUCCACACCGCGACGGCCAAGCAGCUCUAUUGAUGAUGAGAUGACAGCUGAUUGGACACCUGAGAUGCCCUUUCAAAAUUAUUACGUAAGUAGUGCAGCAAGAGUAGCGAGGGCCUUCAACAGAAACUGUGACGAUAAUAAACAAGACCCGGAAAUUGAUGACGUGCCUCCACUCGAAGAUGUCGAGGAAGACGACAUAAUAAAUCACUCUAUAGAAGUGAAGUCUAACCGUCGUAUGCGCGUGAGCAACAUGCACGGAUGGUCGCUCAAGUUCAGACGGCCCUCAUUGGAGGAGAAGUUCGGGCAGGUGGAUGAGAAGACAUUCAAGUCUAAUGUUAUGUGCUGUCUAGUGCUCUGGCUAUUUAUAGUCGCUGUCCAGAGCUUGGUGCAUUACAAUUGUCACUACCUGGUAAUAAUUCUAGCAGCAAUGACGGUUCCGUUCACCCUCUCCUUCGUGCUGGUGAUGCUUGAAGAGUUCCCUGGAGUCUUACCACGACUUUCUAAGAUCUCUGCAUACCUCAGCUCCACACGGACUAUCAAGAAUAUUCACAUCUGCUGCUUUAUCACUGCCAUGUCUUUAUCCAGCACAAUAAAACUGUACGUGUGCCCGCCGUCAUUUGUUCCCGAAUCGGUGAUCGACGCAGCUACCACGAAUGUAUCGUGCAACAUAACAGACAUCCUUGCCACCGAAUUGAAAGAUCCCGAUGAGUGCUACCGACCGGAGUACGUGGUGUUCACGUGGGUGCUGUGCCUGGUGGCGCUGACCUCAGUCCUGAAGCUGUACUACUUGAUCAAGACUCUGCUGGCCACCGUCAACGUCUUGAUGUACUGCAUCCUGCUACUCCGGUUCUACAACUACAAGAACUAUAACCAAAGCACGCACACCACGUUACCAGCCUACGUACAAAUGCUGAUCUUGAUGGCAGUGUUCCUUGUAGUGGUGAUAUACCACGGGCGGUUGGUGGAAGUCACGUCACGACUCGACUUCAUAUGGAAACUGCAGGCGGAGACGGACCUGGAUGAAAUGGAAGAUACGCAGAAAACGAACAGACAUCUCCUUAAACAUAUCCUGCCGGAUCACGUCGUUGUACACUUCUUGAGUAGAGAUUGGUGUCCGGAUGAGCUAUAUUCCCAGUGGCGCGAUGAGGUGGGCGUCAUGUUCGCCGGCAUCCCCAACUUUGACGAGUUCUACUCCGAAGAGAAGGCUGUGGAGUGCAUGCGAGUUCUCAACGAGAUCAUUUUUGACUUUGAUAAGUUGCUGAUGCAGCAACGUUUCAAAAGUAUUGAGAAGAUCAAGACCAUCGCAGCUACCUAUAUGGCUGCCUCUGGACUCAACCCUAAUCACAAUAAGACCGGCGAGGACAACUGUGAACAUCUGUGCGCGCUGGUCGACUAUGCUUUCGCUUUAAGAGAAGCUCUUGAAGACAUCAGCAAACAUAGCUUCUACAAGUUCCGAUUAAGAGUUGGUAUAAGUUGCGGUCCCCUGGUGGGUGGAGUGAUAGGCGCUCGGAAGCCGGUGUAUGACAUCUGGGGCAACACCGUCAAUGAGGCGUCGCGGAUGGAGACAACAGGCGCCAUGGACAAGAUACAAGUCACCAAGUAUACUAAGCAGCUAUUAGAGCUCCGCGGCUAUGCGUUGGAGCGUCGUGGCGCGGUGGAAGUGAAGGGCAAGGGUCGUAUGGAGACAUGGUGGGUGACGAGGACACGCGGCGCGCCGGCACCCGCGCGCCCCUCCCCCGCGGCGCCCGCACCCCCGCGCUCGCUGGCCGCCCUCGUCUACACCAUGCUGCAGGCUCGCAAGAGGAUAUACACGCAUCCACUUGACACUGCUGCUAUGUCGAAACGUGGCGGUAGUGUGCGGACAAGUCGGGCAGACACGGCUCCAGGAGGAUCAGCCAGACGCUCAGAGCUACGAAGAGCACGGACAAGACAUGCAAGGUCAACUGGCAACGAGUUGGAGCUGGGGGCAAUCAGGCCUCAUUCAAGUAGCCUAGUGGUACGUCGAGUGGACAUGUCGGUGGCGCCACCGGCGUCACUGUCGGCCCCGCACACGCCGACGGGCGCGGCGCACCCACACGGGCCCCACGACCCACAUACACCGCAUUCGCUGCCACCACGGGAUAAACAGACUAAGCUGGGAUUAGGAGCUCGACUAAAAGCUGCAAGCUUCUCAUCGAGAACCCGACCUAGGGAUAGAUCGCCAAACAUUCGAGAACAACCGCACGAAGGCUCGGGUGCGUCCAUUGGUAACGGAACACCUGGGUCUUUCCGCAUACGAUCUAUCACAAAUGCCUCAAUAUUCAAGAGUAGAAACAAAGAGAAACGCAGCAAAGAGCAACUAGAUGGAGAAAGCAAGGAGAACGGAGAUGCAGUAUCGACUAGGAUGUAACUAAAUGUGAUGACCCUAUUU